UGCAAAAAAAAAAGUAAAGAUGAGAUCGCAUUUACCAGUUCCGGAAUUUAAUGAGAAUAUUUUAAACGAUUCUUCGAAAUUAUUACAUAGAAAAGAUGAGCAAUCAAAGCUAAAACGACCUCCAAAGCUUAGGCCUAGAAAUAUAUAUGAAUCCUCACCAUUUAAUAGAAGUGGAAAUUCAUCAGUGUUACAAAUAUCUUUCAGAGAUACUAGUUGUCACGAAGAAGAAAUUUAUAGCCCAUACUAUGAUCAAUCAAAUAAUGAAACUUAUUUUGAACAAUGUUUCGAAUUAGUCUCGAAAAUUGGAGAAGGCUCUUUUGGUGAGGUAUUCAAAGUUCGUAGCAAGGAAGACGGUCAUUUAUAUGCUGUAAAAAAAUCAAAAAAACUUUUUCGAAGUGGACCUUAUCGUGAUGAACGUUUAGAGGAAGUAAAACGGUAUGAGCAAUUUUCAAACCACAACCACUGUGUUAAAUUAUAUAAGGCUUGGGAGCAAAAUGAUCGUCUUUAUAUGCAAAUGGAACUAUGUGAGGGUAGCCUGGAAGAUUACUCCCGAAGGAAUAAUUAUAUUCCUGAAUCAAAAAUUUGGUCAAUUUUAUUAGAUUUGCUUCUAGCAUUGAAAAUAUUACACGAUCAAAAUUUGUUACACCUUGAUAUCAAAUUAGAAAAUAUAUUGAUAGGUGAUGAUGGAUUAUGCAAAUUAGCCGAUUUUGGGCUUGUUUGCGAUAUAGAAAGGGCAAAUUACCAUCAAGCUAACGAAGGAGACUCAAAAUACAUAGCUCCAGAAUUAUUGAGAGGUUAUUUUUCUAAAGCAGCUGAUAUAUUUAGCCUGGGUAUUUCAAUUCUUGAAUUAUGUAGUAACAUAGAUCUUCCUCAAAACGGACCGCUCUGGCACAUCCUGAGAAGUGGAAAUUUACCAGAAGAAAUUUUAAGACCUUUAUCAACAGAACUGCAAACAGUGAUAACGCAAAUGAUGGCACCAAACCCUAUGAUGAGGCCGACUGUUGAUCAAUUACUAAACUAUGAUGUAAUUUUAAAGCUUAGGAGGAGGCGCAGAGAUAUAUUUAGCGAAUUGAGACUUGCUUUAAAAAAAGUCAGAAAGUUUAUUUGGGCGAAAAUUUGUAGUUCUAAAGUGCUAAUAGUUUAUUACUUUACUCGAUUAUGGAAUAUUUUUAAAUUGACCGAAGAGAACGAUAAAAAAUCAAAAGAAAGUCCGAAUAGCUCCAAUGAAUAUUUAGAAUUUUCUUCAGUGCAUGAAUCACCAAACAAUAAUUUUGGAAAUAAAAGCGUAAACAAUAUAGUAAAUUCAACUCCAUUGAUGCAUCAUUCUCAUAGUAGUAUUCGUUCAAGAAAAGACUUAUCAAAAAAUAAUUUCAGAUUUCUUAAAUCAUGCGAUGACAAUCUGAACUCAUCAUCUGUAGUAGGAAUAGCCAAACAAUUAUUUAAAUCAGACUCUGAUUCUUCAGAAUAAAAUUCCUCUUCAUAAUUAGAUUAUGUAUUAUGAUCUUUAAAUUUUUAUAUAUUCAUAUAUAUAUAUAUAUAUACAUAUGUAUAUUCAUAUUAUAAGCAUAUUUAAGUAUGAUUAAUUUUGUUAUACUUUUUAAUUCAAAAUAUAUUGUGAUAUUAAACUUCAAAGAGUCGGCGGAUAACAAAAUAUGAAGAACUCUGUAAUUACCUACAUUAUCUACAAUAGAAUAUGUAACUAUAUAAUGUAU